AUGCCCUCGCUAACAAUUGUUAUCGCAUGCUGGCACGCCUAUCACUCUAAUGCUGGCACGCCUAUCACUUUUCAGAGAAGGGAGAAGGGGAACGCCGACAUAGAUACUGUGCGGGCCCUGAAAGGCCAUUACGUUGACUUCGUUGCAGAGGCCUUCUAUCCGAUAUUGGGCAUGGAGGCUCAACAUCUACCUGAUUGCAUGUUUCCGAACACAUGUAUUGAACUGCGAACCGUGGAUCGCAUAAACAACUCCCAGGCCUUAGCGGUCACGGCCCUGGACGAGUUCGCCGACACAAACGACUUCUCGAUGGCGUGCCCCUCCUGGCCUACCAGUCUCGUCUCCAGAGUCUAUUGGCCUUCGUCGAUGGAUAAGAAGAAGAUACAACGGCGACAAUUUGACUAUCGAUCAUCCGACCCCUCUACCUGGACUGUUUGGGCGUUCCCCGUAUCCCAGUGCACUACCUAUUCUUGGUCGGCCGCCUCUCGAAACAUGAAGUCCCCGCCCCCGGAUAACUGCUGCUUGGAAACGUCGUGA